CUGCCGGACGGACUUAUCCAUGCAAUCCUCUUGCUCCAGAACUCCGAACUAGUGGUUGGUGCUUCACACCUAGUCCUUGGUGUUGUUCAAUGUGGAAAGAAGAGCCUGGGAGAAUCGAUUAGCACGGAGAUAGUUGUUGUCGUUCAGUCCAGGACCGCGCCUUCUUGUGUGGAUUAGGUGUGGAGACACCAUGACUCGGUGGAGUGCCCUUUCAGCUGUUGCCCUAGUAAUAUCCCUCACAGCCGGCGCAGCAUUGGGCCAGGAAGGAGAGGUGCAUGGUCAUGUAGAGAACGGUGCUGAGAUCAUUCACAGUCAUGACAACGAGGGAGCGCAUGACCACGUCAACCGGGGACAGAAGACCCUGAUCACCGACGUACAGCCGAAGGGCGAGGUCGUCGGCCAUCGCAUCAUUCAUCCGGAAAACCCGGACCUCUGUCCCGUCAACUGCAAGGGUGAUGAGGGACGGAAAGGAUCUCCUGGCCCAAGAGGUCGUGCUGGUCAAAUUGGUGGCGUUGGAGAACCCGGCGAACCAGGCUAUGGUGGCUGGGCUGGAUGGCCUGCAAGCGAAUAUGCUGCUGCACGUGCACGAGCUGUGAAAGGAGACGUUGGAUCACCUGGCGCAGCGGGUGCACCUGGUAUGGAUGGCACUCCUGGCGAUGAUGGUGUUCCGGGCCCAGAAGGCCCAUCAGGCAAUCCUGGUCCUCGUGGUGAAGCUGGGACUCCUGGUUCACCAGGUCCUUUCGGUGGUCCAGGUCGAAUCGGUCAACCCGGUCCUCAGGGACGCCGCGGCGAUCCCGGUGUAGACGGAACACCCGGAGUUGAUGGAGCAACGGGUGCUAAGGGUCAUGAUGGCAAUGAUGGUCCUGAUGGAGCUAAAGGAAUUCCUGGCCUUGCCGGUCUCACUGGCGCAGUGGGAGUACAAGGCUCCAAGGGUGUACGUGGCUCAAGAGGUCCGCGAGGAAAUCGUGGUGCAAUGGGUAUUGAAGGAAUAUUCGGAGCUGAUGGAGAGACUGGCGAGAUGGGUGAUACCGGUGCUACGGGUGCUAUGGGAGCUAAGGGUGACACAGGUAACAAAGGUGAAACUGGAGCUGUUGGCGCAGACGGCGAUACAGGAUCAGAGGGUGUACAAGGAGAAUAUGGACCUUACAUCGAAAAAACUCUCAUCUCCGCUGCUCCAGCCUGCACAGCAGCCAACUCUGGCAAGACCCUAUAUGAUCCUGAAACAAAGAAACUCUUCUUCUGCUCCAAUGGACAGUGGCAGUGUGUCAAAGACGAAGCCUGCAACCAAGAUUGCCUGGUUUCAGAUUGGGAAGACUGGGGAACGUGCUCUGCCACCUGUGGUGCUGGCACUCGCCGUCGUCUUCGUACGGUCACCGCCACGGCCGGUCCGCUCGGCGCUGCUUGCCCGGCACUGCAUGAAGACGAGCCAUGCAACCUCAUGACCUGCAAUUGCGAGGAUCCCGGUAACCUUGAGAAUGGAUUCCGUGGUGCACAGAGUGGCAAUGCUCUUGGUGGCGCCAUCGAGUGGAUUUGCACACAGGGAUACCUGCUGGUCGGACCAGAAAUCAGCAUCUGCCGACUGGAGCAGGGAGAUUCAGUGCCCACCUUCUCUGAGAAGCCUACAUGCCGCUAUCGCCAGUGCCCCCGUCUGAGUAAUAUUGCCGACGGUGUAGUCAGCCCGCACAGGAACCCGUAUCCCCACGACACCGUCACCUUCAGCUGCGACAACGGCUUCAUGCUGCGUGGAGACGCCGUGCUGACCUGUAGCUUUGACGGCACCUGGGACAAGCCUAUUCCCAUGUGUGUCCCCGUUCGCUGCGAGGACCCAGGUGCACCCGACAAUGGCGGCCGCUCCGCCGACUCCUACGCUCUCAACUCCAAAGUAACGUACACCUGUAACGAAGGUUAUCGCAUGAUCGGACAGUCCGUAGCGACAUGUCUUGCCGGUGGCGUCUACUCUUCCAAUAAGCCAACUUGCGAGCUUGUCAACUGUGGUACUCCUGGUCGCCCAAGAAAUGGCCGUUCCAGCGCUCCAACCACAUCGUUUUCCUCCAUUGCGCGAUUCUCCUGCAACAUGGGCUAUGCUCUGACUGGCGCCCAGUCUGCUCUCUGUCAAGCCGAUGGCAUGUGGUCCGCAGAGCCACCGACUUGCCGAUUGGUUGACUGUGGAGAUCCAGGCCGCACCAAUAAUGCAGUGCGAACGGUCAGCUCCACCACGUUUGGCUCGCACGCCAACUACCAGUGCCAGCGCGGAUACAUUCUGAACGGCAACGACGAGAGAAUCUGCUUGGCGUCCGGUGACUGGUCUGGCUCCGUACCAUCUUGCACAGCCAUCUCCUGUGGCCCACCCGGAACUGUGCAGAACCUGAAAGAAAUCAAGGGCGUUGGUGGAUACACGUAUCCUGACGGCAGGGUCACGUUCGGUGCCUGCGAGGAUGGAUUCACUCUCCGCGGCGAACGUGUCCUGACCUGCUUGGCCUCCGGUCGCUGGAGUGGACCACUGCCUACUUGCGAGCCCAUCGACUGUGGAGAUGUGGCUGCGCCGAUUAACGGCGAUCGGUACCGCGUCACCACUCACCUUGGCUCCCAGGUCUCCUAUUCCUGUCACACUGGCUACACGCUGCUCGGAAGCCAGGCCCGUAUGUGCGAGGCCAGCGGUCAAUGGUCCGGCCAAACACCCCAGUGUGUCGUUGUGGACUGUGGAGACCCAGGUGUUCCGAUGAACGGCCGUGUUGCAUCGUUCAACACGCCAGCGGGCAGAUCACCAUACAGCUACCAGGCCACCGUGUCGUUCACCUGUAACGACGGCUACCAACUGCGCGGUGCUGGCACACGUCGCUGCACGGCCUGCGGUGAAUGGGACGAGUCCAUGCCACUCUGCGUCCCGAUGGAGUGUCCCACACUGUCAGCAGUCAACAAUGGCGACAUGGACAUGGCCAACCUGACGACCUUCUCGCAAGUCUCCUUCCAGUGCGAUCCCGGCUUCAGCCUCGAAGGCGAGCGCAGUGUUCGAUGUGGCACAGACUCUCUCUGGACGACGCAGCCCCCGCUUUGCGAGCCAACCGAAUGUGCUGAGCUGAAGGCACCUGAAAAUGGUGUUGUAAUUGCACCGACCGCAUUCUUUGGCGACGUUGCCGAGAUCUCCUGCAACCCCGGUUACAAGCUCCAGGGCUCGCAAACCCGUACCUGUGAAGCUGACUCGACGUGGUCCGGAGAGCCGGCCACUUGCACACUGGUGGACUGCGGCAGACCGCCAGAUGUUCCUAACGGCCGCGUCUCCGGUAAUAUCUACACGUACGGCGCAGAGGUGGAGUACCGCUGUUCGCAGGGUUACAGCUUGAUGGGAAGCAAUGUCCUAGAGUGCCAGGCCAGCGGUGCAUGGAGUGGUCGUGCUCCAGUUUGUGCUCCCAUUGUCUGCCCCAACCCUGGUAUGAUCUCAAACGGCGUCCGCACGCCCGAGGGCACGUCCUUCCUGUACGGCUCCACUGUGCGCUACAGCUGUAACAGUGGCUUCGCACUGCAAGGAGCCGAGGUGCGCCAGUGCGACACCACUGGCAGCUGGAGUGCUCCCGCGCCAAGCUGUGUGGCUCUGAUGUGCGAGGAUCCCGGUGUUCCUCAGUUCGGCUCUCGUCUGCUCGGCACCCUGCACAUCGGUGCUCAAGUGCAGUACUCGUGUAACAGUGGAUACGUUCUGAAUGGAGCACCGACCGCCGAGUGUACCGCCACCUCUACAGCCGGCGUCUGGUCCAACCCACGGCCAACUUGCGAAAUUGUUGACUGCGGUCGCCCGAACGUGCCGGAGAACGGUCUGAUUGCGCCGCUGGCGUCCACAACCUACGGCUCUGAAGCGCUCUACUCUUGCUUGCGUGGCUACCUUCUCAGCGGCCAGUUGACAAGAACCUGCCAGGCCGACGGCAAGUGGUCUGGAUUUGCUCCCAUCUGUGCCGAAAUCGAUUGCGGUGAUCCCGGCGUGCCAGAUAACGGUGAACGACGCGGUGACCGCUUCACGUACGAGCAGUCGGUGUCCUACACUUGCAACGCAGGCUACAUGCUGCGCGGCUCUACCUCGCAGGAAUGUCUUGUCAGCAGCCAGUGGAGCGGGCAGCGACCUGUCUGUGUCCGUGUGACCUGUGCCAACCCUGGACAGCCAGCCAAUGGCGAGCGUAUUGGCGACGACUUCACGAUUGGUGCUGAGAUCCGCUACCGCUGCAACAAUGGCUUCGAGCUGGUUGGAGAGUCGCUGAGGACAUGCGAGCCUUCUGGUGUCUUUUCUGGCUCAUCUCCAUCAUGCGUUCCUCUGUCCUGCGUGGAUCCUGGUAUUCCUGACAACGGCGACCGUCUGAUGAGGUCACUGGUGCUGGGCAGUUCCGUGAACUUCACUUGCAACACCGGGUUUUCCCUGGUGGGCCAGGCAAUGAUGACUUGCCAAGCUGACCAGGAUGGUGGUAUGUCCUGGUCGCAUCCCCUGCCCACCUGCAGAGUUGUCGUGUGUGGUGAUGCUGACUAUGGUCCAAUCCCCUGGGACGGUUCAUUCGUUACCUAUGGUGUCUGGAGAGACUUUCCGUGCGAGGACGGGUACGUCCACACUGGAUCAACUUCUCGCCGCUGCAGAGCUGACGCAACGUUCAGCGGUACCGGAACGGAUUGCCUUCCCAUUGACUGUCUUGAGCCGGCAACGCCAGCUGACGGCACAGCAUCGUUCACCACCACCACCCUUGACAGCGUUGCACGCUUUGCCUGCAAUCCCGGAUUCUCACUGGUCGGAGCCACCAGCCGCACGUGCCAGGCAACCGGCCAGUGGUCGGGUGCUGAGCCACGCUGCAUUCCUAUCAACUGCGAUGUACCCAAUGUUCCUGCCUAUGGCACGCGCACAACGUUGGCCGAGGACAACUUCUUCAUUCCCGGCAGCGUGGUGAGCUACACCUGCAAUCCUGGAUUCUUCGUUUCUGGCGCUGCCCAGCUGACUUGCGAUGCUACCGGAUCAUGGAGUGCUCCUCCUCCGACCUGUGUGGCACACACAUGCCCCAUGCCGCUGCCUUUGGACAAUGGCGACACGCAAAUGUCCAGCGUGCUGCCCGGAGCGCGCGUUUCCUACACUUGCAACGUCGGCUACACAUUGGACGGCGCCUCGUCACGCCGAUGCGUGGUCAACCCGCAGAACACGGCCGCGGCGUGGACCGCACAGCAACCUCGCUGCGUCCCAAUUCCAUGUGCCCGUCCGUCGAACAUUGAGAACGGUGCUUUCGCGGCACUGGCUGAUGACAAUGGCUAUUCCUACUCAUGCAAUACGGGAUACAGACUGGUCGGCGCAACCGUACGAUUCUGCCUGGCUGAUGGCAGCCUAUCGGGAAAUAGUCCAAUGUGUCGCAUUGUGGAUUGCGGCACACCGCCACCGCUGUCUGAUGGCACAGUAGCAGCCACCACCACACUGUAUGGCAGCACCACUAGCUACAGCUGCAACACUGGAUACAUGCUCAGCGGCAGCCAAGUGAGAACUUGCCAGGCCGACGGUUUCUGGUCGGGCGCAACAGCGUCGUGCAUCAUUGUCGAGUGCGGAAACCCAGGUGCUCCAGCACACGGCACUCGCAACGGUGACGCCUUCAACUUUGGAUCGUCCGUGGCGUUCAUAUGCGACCCUGGCUACCAGCUGAUCGGCGAGCAGAGCAUCUUGUGCCAGGCCAAUGGCCAGUGGAGUAGUGGCAUUCCAUCCUGCUCUGUUCUUGACUGUGGCGAUCCGGGAGUGCCAGCAAAUGGUGGCCGUGCGUAUUCCUCCAGUGUUGUUGCCAGUACCGUCGAGUACUACUGUAACGUUGGCUACCAGUUGAUUGGUUCAGAGACGCGCGAGUGCAUGGCCAACACCGAUAGUACCUCGGCAGCGUGGAGUGACAGCAUGCCAACAUGCAGAAUUGUUGAUUGUGGAGAGCCAGGAAGCGUAACCCAUGGCACACGCACUGGCAAUGUUUUCACCUACAACGCCAAUGUGAACUUUGAGUGUGAAGCGGGCUACAGACUGCAAGGCUCCAUGACACGCAGAUGCCAGGCAUCCGGAGUGUGGUCGGGCACCCAGCCUACUUGCCAAGUUGUUGAUUGCGGCAACCCUGAGUCUAUUGCCAGUGGCAAUGCUCGCUACUCCACCACGAUUUACAGCAGUGGCGUGACAUACUCCUGCAACACAGGCUAUAACCUGGUGGGUGACAGGACUCGCAUUUGUCUCGCAUCCGGCCUCUGGUCCAGCGCGGCACCUCAGUGUGUCCUGAUCUCAUGCCCCAACCCCGGCAUUCCAGCGUACGGUUCAAGAGUUGGCGACGAGUUCACAUUUGGCUCAUCUGUCAGCUAUACAUGUAACAGUGGCUACAGGCUAGAUGGAUCCAGCUCUGCCCGCUGUACGUCCUCCGGCGCCUGGUCGAGCGCAGCACCAACAUGUGUCCGUCUUGACUGCCGUGACCCCGGCACACCAGCAAACGGUGACCGUGCCCUCAGCAGCACAGUGGUCGGUGCCACUGUUAACUAUACGUGUAAUGUCGGCUAUGUGCUGCGUGGCAGCCAGCAGCGCACAUGCGAGACGACGCGCGACGGUCGCAAUGCUGCCUGGUCGGCCUCUCUGCCGGUGUGCGACAUUGUGGACUGCGGUCGUCAGAGUGCGCCUGAGAACGGUCAGAUGGCUGGAACAGUGUUCACAUACGGUGCUAGCAUCGAGUUCUCAUGCAACACCGGCUAUGCCCUCAGCGGUUCCGAGUACAGAACAUGUCAGGCUAAUGGUGCCUUCUCCGGAACAGCCGCAUCGUGUGUCGUUGUGGACUGCGGGGACCCGGGCACGCCACGCAAUGGCGAUCGCACUGGUGACAGCACUAUCUACAACAGCGAGUUCAGCUUCACCUGUGACACAGGCUACUCGCUGUUUGGCAGCGUGACGCGCAGGUGUCAGGCAUCCGGUGCCUGGUCCGGCAGUCAACCAACUUGCCAGAUUGUGGACUGCGGAGACCCAGGCACCCCAAGCAAUGGUGACCGCAGCGGCCGCCUCACCACCUACCUGAACACGUUCUCGUUCACAUGCAACAACGGGUACCGGCUGGUGGGCUCUGCAUCGCGCGUGUGCCAGGCCGACGGCCUGUGGAGCGGACAGGAGACAUCUUGUGUGGCAAUCAUCUGCAGUGACCCAUUGAUCCCGGACAACGGUGGCCGUGACGGCGAAUCUUUCACGCUCAACUCCAAGGUGAACUACUUCUGCAACCCCGGUUAUGCGCUGGUUGGAGCGGAGCAAAGAACGUGCCAGAGCAACGGGCUCUUUGACCUCGCGCUUCCAUCGUGUCAGCUCAUCAGCUGCCCCGACCCAGGCACACCGCAAUUCGGCGCUCGCGAUGGUGACACUUUCACGUACAGCAGUGUGGUGUCGUUCACCUGUAGUGUUGGCUAUCGCCUCAUCAACUCACAGCGUCGCAUCUGCGAAGCCAGCGGCUCGUGGUCCGGUGUGCAGCCAGUUUGCCUCCCGAUUGACUGCGGGCAGCCAGAAUCUCCAGCAAACGGUGCGGUCGUCGUUGACAACACGUUCUACGAGGGUCAAGCGGCAUACACCUGUAGCGUGGGCUACCGCUUGACGGGCAGCACACUCCGCGUGUGCCGUGCCGAUGGGCUGUGGUCGGAAUCCACGCCCGAAUGUCACAUUAUUGAAUGUUGUGCUCUGGAGAGCCCGGCCAACGGUGCUGUCACCAUCAGUACCCUCACCUACCAGUCGACCGCACAGUUCACCUGCAACACCAACUACAAUCUCGUUGGCUCCCAGACUCGCACGUGCCAGGCCGAUGGUACAUGGAGUGGAACCCACACCUCUUGCACACCGGUGCUUUGUACUGACCCUGGUACACCCGUACAUGGGUCCAAGGUCUCAUUCAGCCUGGCCGUGGGCGGGGAGAUCGAGUACGAGUGUCAGACCGGAUAUCGUCUUGUCGGACAGCAGACCAUCACCUGCCAGCCAAACACCGAAUGGUCACAUCCCGUGCCGACGUGUGAAAUUAUCAACUGCGGCGAUCCGGGUGCAAUCAUCAAUGGAGAGAAGUCUGUGUCAAUGUUCAACUAUGGCGAAACCGUCCACUACCAGUGUGACCCGUUGUUCACACGCAAUGGCCCACCCAACAUCACCUGCCAGAUCACCGGCAGAUGGACACCGCCUCCGCCGACAUGCGACCCAGACUGCAUUGUCAGCGCCUGGGGAGACUGGCAAGCAUGCAGUGCCACCUGCGGAGACGGUCAGAGCAUUCGUACGCGUGUUGUGCUCCGCAGCCCAGAGGGAAUUGGCCGUGCCUGCCCCGUGCUGCAAGAUACCCAGUCGUGUAACCUGCGUUCAUGCGUCCUUUGUGACGGUCGCCUCCAGGAAGGUGCAAUAGAGUAUCAAAUCCGCACACAGAACCGCAGCGUUGCCAGCGAUGUCAUGAUUGUUGUCGACGAGUCUGCCAGUAUGGAGGGAGAGCACGCCUGGUUGCCGGGAAUGAUUGAGAACUUGGAACGGUCGCUGAUUGAGCGGCAGAUCGGAAACUCUCCGACGCUACCAAACAUGUAUUCUCUGGUUGGCUAUGGACAGCGCGAUAACAACCUGCCCAAGCUCUAUCCUCAUGCAUACGAGGACGGCCAAGGACGGCGACUGUUCCCGGCAAGGUCCUUCCCAUCAGCUGCCCAGGGCUUGUUUGCCGAUGACCUUGGAAAGACCGAGGAUGGAUACUUGGCUAUCAAGUACGCUCUAGAUGAAAUCCCACUGCGCAGAGGACAGGAUGUCAUCUACAAUGUCAUCUUCAUCAGUGACGAAGAUCGUGACACCUUGCCUGGCGGUGAAAACCUCACAAGACCAGUAAUGAAGAGAACGAUGAGAAACAUUCAUGGCAAGGGCGCAUUGCUCAACGUGGUGGUCGAUCAGCAGUUUGCAUGCGGCGACACCCCGGCGCUGGGAGUGGACUUCAACAGGAAGGGUUACGUGGAACAGCUGAACACGGGCGGUGAGUUUAACACAUGCGAUAGAGGUCGCCUGACAUCCUUCUAUGAAGGCACACGGAGAGACUUCACCACACUGGCGCUGGAACUGUCCGGUGCCGCGUGGGACAUAAACUUGCUGCGUCGCGGUGGACCAACGGCCGUUGCCUUCACCGGAGCGUUCACCCAAGUGAAGACCAGCGAAGUGCUGAGACAGAUCGACCUGUGCCGUAUCUGCACCUGUCAAGAUGACGGUGAAACAGGAACGUUGGCCUGCAGACCUGCCAAUAACCAGGAUGAUUGCAAAUGCAGAAACCGGGGAGGCCAGUUUGUCAACGGCGCAUGCGUAGAACCCUGAAGCGCAAUGAGACGCUCCCAUUGGCGAAAUCCAUCUAAGUAAUUGAUCAUCCCCACGCAGGGGUUGUGUUCAUACUUCAUCUCAAGAUGGUCAUCAACUAACAUUCGGUGCUGGCUAUGGAAGUUCGGCGAAACAUUGACGAACACAAAAUUGAACUCAAGAUGUCACUGUACUAAAUUGAUCACAACUCUCGUUUAUCCUCGUGCCUUUGCCUGUGUCUGUUGUUCUCCGCAGUUGUACUGCUUGCGUACUGCCUGCAAGAAUCAUAGUACAUGGUGCUGUGUGUUCUCUCACAGACAGACCAUGUUGCUUCUGCUGUUGCUAGUGCUGCUCCUGCUCCUGUAGCAGGCCACAUGAUCACAAUCUAUUGCCUUUCACUUUUCCAGACCUCUCUGGGGGAUUUAUAACCGGGCUCUUGGCCCUUUCUCUGAACUUCCACCCGCUCAAGUAAAACAAUCAGUUGCUGAUGCUUGUAACCAGUAGUGCGUUUUGCGCGUUAUCCUAAUCUCGUUUACGUCGCUGCCACUACAUCCGUUGCUGCUGCUGCUGUUGAUUAGGCAAUUGUAAUCACACACCCACGCACAUAUGCACACGCAGGCGGCAGCUGGUCCCAUAGUUCGUCUCCGUUCUCUCCCAUUUGCCCUCAUUGCUCUCAGACUCGACACUGGCUUGCGUGCCGGACAGCAAUGCUCACAAUUCUGUACUACAACCUCCAGUUCUACUGUGUGUUUGCAUCACUCAUUGCAAUGUGCGCAUCUGCAUCAUCAACAUUUUAUAUUGCCUCGCUCUUGUUCCAUUUUGAGUAUACUGCCUUCUAACUCGUACUGGCCAUGAGCCUCUCGGCUUGGCUGGUGGUCCGAGUUAAUGGAAUUCUUGUCCGAGUUACUGCUUUGCUUCACGAGCAUUGAUUUUUUCUCCGAGAAUUUGGCUGACUGGA